AUGGAGAUUCUCCUCCACAUUAAUUUUGAUAUCCCAGUAUUCCCUACUACGCUCUUGCAACUAUCUGAAAAUGUCGAAGCAUCCAAAGAUACUCGCCAUCCCGCUAAUGAGGAGGAUCCAGCUGAUCAUGAUCUAUUUCACUUUGUGCCAACUACUGAAUAUCGAGAAAAAGAUCUCCAACUUUCAACCCGUUGGAGCACGCCACAGUGGCGAUAUGCGCCACAGUUUGCUAUAGUCUCGUUUCCAUUUUCUCACCUUCCGUGCAGACAUUCGUCUGAAAUAUGUCAAAGAUCUUCAAAACCCCACCAAGUCGGCUAUGCUUUAACUCCAAGAAAGGAGAAAACUUUCAUCCUACCUUCCCUCCUUUCCCACGCAUCCCAGAAUGGUGUUUCUUUACCGAAAAUCGUACCCAGUAAACCUCUGAUCCAACUAGGACCGUUCAAUUGCAUCCUCCACAAACUGUACGACUCCGACUGGAAACAAAAUCUUCGAGACUUCGCUUCCCAAAACCCUAGCAUCCCCAUCAUCGACUCCCCAGAUUCAAUCGAGAUUCUCCACAGCAGAAUCUCAAUGCUUGAAACUGUUCCGAAACUGAAAAUAAGCAACACCGGAGUCCCCAAUCAGAUUACCAUCAAUGAAGUCACGGAUUGGGAAAAUUUGGAAAUCAACUUCCAGUCGAUCGCAAAGCCGUUAGACGCGGACGGUAGUGAGAAGUCACAGAAAAUGCAUCUCAUCUUCGAAAAGGAUGUGUUAAAGAACUUACCGCUUCCGUUUGUUUUACAGGAGUUUAUUAAUCACGGCGACAUCAUCUUUAAAGUCUACGUCGCCAGAAAAUAUUCCCGGUGCGUGAAACGGAAGUCGUUGCCUGAUAUUUCGGAGGAGAAACUGGUAAAUUCGAAAGGUUCGCUGCCGUUUUCACAGGUUUCGAAUCUGACUGCAGCCGGCGGCGGUGAUGAAGGUUGUGGAUUCAAAAAGACGGAAUUGGCCCCGGAAAAUUUAGUGAAAGAGUUGGUGGAAGGGUUGAAGGAGGAGUUGAGAUUGAAUUUGUUUAACUUCGAUGUAAUUAGGGAUGUCAAAAACAAGGAUAAUUACUUAGUCAUUGAUCUCAAUUAUUUUCUGGGGUUUGCGAAAAUGCCGGAUUUCGAGUCCGUGAUAACGGAUUUUUUACUCGAUGUGUGCUCGAAGAGAUGAAAUGCGGUGAAAAUUGAAGAUAGGAGGUACUUUGUUGAACCUUUGAAGCUUUAAUAAGCUCACAUUUUACCAUGCUUUGUAUCAUCU